AUGAAGGUCCAGGCUUUUGCCGCCCUCCUCUUCCUGCUCAUCGCAGUGAAUGAAGCAGUAGUGUUUGAGAAGUGUGAACUAGCUAGGAGACUGAAAAAUGCAGGGAUGAGUGGCUAUUAUGGCUACAGCCUGGGGGACUGGAUCUGUAUGGCUUAUCAUGAAAGCAGAUUCAACACCGCGGCUGUGGGGCCACCAAACAGCGAUGGUAGCAGGGACUAUGGGAUUUUUCAGAUCAACAGCCGUUGGUGGUGCUCCAAUGGACAGGGCAGAACAGCCAAUGGUUGUCACACCUCCUGUAACAAUUUUCUGACUAAUGACAUCAGUGAUGAUAUCGAGUGUGCUAAGAGGGUGGUCCGUGACCCCAACAGGAUGAAUGCCUGGGUUGCUUGGAGGAAUAACUGCAAGGGACGAAAUCUCUCACAUUGGACCAGUGGCUGCCAACUCUGA